GCGUCGUACAUUACGUUACCAAUUGAUUGAAUUGUGGCGCUGCAGUUAGUGUUUUUGUCUUACCAUGUAGAUUUUGUGUGGAUACUAAGUAUUUAUAUCAUAAACGUUGGUUUGGAAAUGUCAGCUGCAGUACAUAUUGGUGAACUUGCAUUUUUAAAGAUGGUUUUACAUGCUGCCAAGCAUCCAGAGAGUUCCGUCAAUGGUAUUCUUUUAAGUGAUCAAAACUGUGAUUCACAAAUAAUCAUUACUGACUAUAUUCCGCUAUUUCACAGUGUCAUAAAUUUGACACCAAUGCUAGAAACAGCUUUGUAUCAUGUAGACUCAUAUUGUGCAGCUAAAGGUCUUCAAAUAUGUGGUUAUUUCCAAGCAAAUGAAUACAUUAAUUGCAAUACCCCAACAAGUAUUGCAUGCAAAAUUGGUGAGAAGUUAGCUGAAAAAUGUGGCAACGUUUGUUUAUUGACUUUUAAAAAUGAUGCUUUGCAUCGGUUAACUGGAAACUACUUUACAGUAUUUUGCAAAUCAGAUUGGAAGUGGAAUGAUACAAAGUACACAUUUAAUCCAAAUGUUAAUAAAAAGUUAAAAGAAAUUCUACAUUUAAAAGUUCACCGUCAAAUUGUUGAUUUUGAUGAUCAUUUGAAUGAUGUUAAUUGUGAUUUUCUUAAUUUACAAUUAUCGAAAUCGUUAUGUGUAUAAAUUGAUUUUUUAAUGUAAAGUUUUUAAUUUUUUUUCCAAACAACAAUAAUAUCUAGCUGACAUCUUUUUCUUAAUUGUUUUAGAUAUUUGCUAAAUAAUAUUUCUAUGAAAUAAUAACGUAUAGCUAGAUAUUACCGUAGAGUUUUUGUUUUAUCCUUAUGCCGGAUUAAUUAUGUAACGUGAUAUGACCACCAAUUAAAGACACUGACUUAUACAAGCAGUCUAGUUUUCUUAUUGAUCUACCGAGAUGAUAGCUUUUCUCCUAAUCCAGCCUGUUUAAGUCCAGAACGCUAAUAUCAGCCUCCACAAUACGAAUCAUACAUUUAAGUUAUACUGAGUUUAUAUACAAUCAAACCAGACUGCAUCAUAC